AUGAAGGUCGCAGCCAUCACUGCCAUCCUGGCCCCUGCACUGGCCAACGCCGAGUGGUGGGGAGGAGCCCCUGGCUGUGCUGCUACUUGCAUGUCCCUGGCCUGGAACGACGCCAACUCGUGGCCCUCGGCGACCUCAUUCUGCGCCACCCCUGCCCCGACAGUCGCCGCGUGCGUCGAGAACGCCUGCGCCGCCACGCCGACCGCCUGGUCCAGCUUCUCGGCCAUGUCCUCCAACGUCUGCAGCCAGUGGUCGUCGUGCACCAACGCCGGGCCCAACAACGUGCGCACCAUCACCGCGACCGGCGGCACCUGGGGCGGCGGCUGGUUCAACGACGCCGCGCGCGGAUGGGACGACGCCAGCCGCAAGGAGUGGGAGGACAAGUGGAGGAGCCGCGGCGGCCACGGCGGCCCCUUCCCCUGGAAGCGUGAUGGUCCCGGCCACUUUGGUCCCGGCGGCCCCAAGGCCCUGACCUCGGGACAGGUCUACACCGUCACCGGCUGCGACUGGAACGACGGCUACUGGGGCGGCUUCGGCUGGGGUGCUGGCUUCGGCGGACCCUGGGGUUGGGGCACCGGCUGGACCGCGCUGGCCACCUCGACCGGCAUGGUCACCCGCACCCUCACCACCAACGGCGCCGUCAUCACGACCACCGAGGCCGCCACCGUCGGCGUUGCCGUCAGCAACGGUGUCACCAUGACCUCGACCUUUGGCUUUGCCCAGGCCCAGGCCACGGGCACCAGUGACGCCGGCCGCGUCUCUGCCAACGGCGUCAAGGUCGUCGGUGCCGUGCUCGGAGGUUUCGUUGCUGUUGCUGCCCUUCUGUAA